AUGCCGGAGGCGCCGUCCAGCCUGGGCGGGCCCCCGCAGGCGCUCCUCCUCGCCCUGACCGCCCGCCAGGUCGCCUCCAGCUGCCGGUCAUGGCCCGCGAAACCUGGGCGCCGCGCGCCGCGCGUUUCAAUGGCCCUCGCCCACUUCCCCACGGGAAGGGGCGUGGAGUACAGCGUGAGGCCCGCCCGCGGGCACGAGUUCUGGCCGGCCGCCGAUGUCCACUGCUCGGCAUUCUAUCCCGGGGAUUUCCUAGUGGGGCCCCUGCUGAGACUUGACCGCGUGAUGUCGAUCAUCACCGGCGAGCAGUUCGACUCCUCGGGGCGCGGCAGGUACGCCUGCCUGGUGGCGGUGGCCAAGGAGAGGGAGGGGGAGGAGGAGGUGGUGGUGGCGCGGCGGGGGCGGGACCGCAACUGGCUACUGGCGGCGCUGGCCUCGGCGUUCCCCGACGGCGUGCGUAACGGCAUGGGCGUCUCGCACGAGAGCCAGGGAGUGCUGGGGGUCGUGACUGUGGACACCCUUGGGCAGCACGUGCCCAGCGUGCCGCGCGUGGUGGACGGCAGGACGGUCUGGCAGAACAAGGAGGGCGUGGCGUACAUCAGCAACCUGGCCGUGUCGCCGGGCACCAGGCGGCAAGGCGUGGGGAAGGCGCUGGUGGUGGCCGCGGAGGAGGCAGCCCGGGGGUGGGGAUGCGAUAUAGCGGCCCUGCACUGCGACCCGUCCAACGCGGACGCAUUCGGCCUGUACUCGGGAUUCGGGUACAGGCGGCCAGACCAGGUGGAGGGCUGCGAGGAGCUCGCGGGGAGUGGCUCCAGGCGCACCUGCCAGCUGUUCGUGAGGCGGCUGGACCCCAAGGGCCUGUGGGGAGCCGCCGAGACGUCGAUCCGAGGCCGGUGUGUGGCAGCAUGA